AUGACUACUACACCCAUGUCCGUCAAAAAGAAUUCAAGCGGUUAUAACAAAGCUGCAGUCGUUCCUGUUCAGAGCACAGGCCAAGAGGACAUAGACGCCGAGCAAGAUGUUGAAUCAUCAUUCUCCAAUGAAGAAGAGGUUAAACAGAGAAAAGGAUCCCUCUCGAUUCGAACAUGUUCAAUUGCCACUUUCCUCAUAAUUAUACUUACCUGUGUGGUUGCCCUUACCAUCAUUUGGGUUGCGUUCUUUAGCGACAACAUACGUGGAAUGUCUAAAUCUCUGACAGAAGCACAAUUCAAGAAUAUUAUUCAGUACACCGAGAACACCUUUCGUGAAAUUGCAGUUUCUUCGGAUACGAUUAAGGAGCAGCUUGUUGUCGCUCUAGGCAAUAAUCAGACUAAUAUUUACACCAAACAAGUGGAAAGAGCCGUGAACUUUAUCUUCUUUUCAGAGUACAAGUACCACAAGGGUUUGGUGAAUGCUGCUUCCUUGUACAUUCAAAACAACGAACACAUCGGUAUUCUGUUUGUAGGAUCAUUGCCAAUCUCUAAAACUAUCCAAAACGCUACUGGUUUAUUCAGAUUCCCUUGUUAUACACUUAACGAAGAAAUUGGCUGUGCAUACCACACAAACUAUUCCGUAAAGACUACCAAACCAUACAAUACUGCAUCGUCUCAUGAAGUCAUAAGAAAGAGCCCAGGAAAACCAAUUUAUACAUUGACGUACAAAUCUCCAGGAAUUGAUGCCGUGCUUCUUGCUCUUGUAAAUUCCUUCAAAAGUUUGUCAAACUCUGUUGCCACUCCAAAUCUUCCGUUUGAUUGGUUCCUUCACUUGGAUAUGAGUGUAGACAACCUUUCCAAGAUGCUAAAAAACUACACCAUUGCCGUACCAGGGUCAACUGGUCUGAUCAUUGAGGGCCCUACCAAUUAUAUCAUCGCAACGAGUUAUCCUGAGGUUUCAAUUACAGGAAGAAUAGAGCCGCAGCAGCAUAGUACAACGGUCUUGAGAGAAUCAUAUCUGCAAAUGAGAGAUGCAUUACCAAACUAUAACAAUAUGACAUGUAAUGUGAUUCAAUUCCUUACGUUCACUGAUCGUCUUACAAGCGUUUACAGAAUGUGCACACCUACAGGUCUUGACUGGAUUAUCAUGUUCUCUGUACCUCAGUGGAACUAUAUUGGAAAUAUGAUCAUUGCGAUUAUCAUUGCUUUAGGUAUUAGUUGUCUGAUUGCAUUUAUGGGUACACUUUCAGGUGUUCUUUAUUCUCUAAUUUUGGUUCGUCCUUUUAAUAACCUAAUUCAACUUUUUGAGCAUGUGGCAGACAUGAAUUUGGAGUCUUUAGAUGUUAAGAAGAGUCGAUUCAGAGAGGUUGUGCAGCUUCAGGAUCACUUUUUGUUUAUGGUUCAAAGAAUCAAACAAUAUAGAGCCUUCAUUCCAUCCCACUUACUUCACCAACUCGAGAAGCACAACAUCAUCGAGGAUCCUGAGGAUAUUAGUGUGGUGAAAGAAAGUGAACAUUCACAGAGAAAGGAUGAACUAUCUUCGAGAGUGUCAAGAUCAACUUUUUCUUCAAAAUUGGCCACCAAUUCAAUGUUUAAGAUUGGAUUUGAAAAGAGAAAAAUUUCUUCUCUUAUGGUAUAUUUGGACGGCUUUAGCUAUUGGGUCAAACAUAUCAGUUUCAGUGAUAUUACUCAUUUACUAACAGACGUUUUUGAAGUUGUUCAAAAAUCAAGUUCUAAUUGUGGAGCUCACAUUGGGUCUUUUGAAAAUGAAACACUACUUUUGUCGUGGAAUGCAACCGAAAAGGUGAAAGACCACGAGCAACAGGCAGUGAGAGUUGCGUGGGCUUUGAAGGAAAAAUUGGCAUCUCUGUCGUCCACCAAAUGGGCUAAAAAGGACAUCUUUGAACACAAUCAAAAGUUAAUCACCAAAUUUACUCCAAGAUUUGCUGUGUGUACUCAGACGUGUCAUUGCGGAAAUGUGGGAACUCGUAAUUCAAAAACGUUCACAAUUGUUGGUAGCUCAUCAAACAAUUUGCAAGCUGUUUUGAGAAAAGCAAGAAACCUCAAGUUGAAUAUGGUAAUAACAGAACCAACAAAUGAAGAAGUUAAGGCCCAUUACUUUACAAGAUUUGUUGGCAACAAGAGUUUAAUCGUUGACGAAGUGGUUGCAUCUCCAUAUAUUAGAAAGAUCAACAAGACCUCAAAGGUUAGAAUAUUCGAAGUGUUGGAAUCAAGCUCUGUUAAUAUGGACGAAUGGAUGUAUGAGCUUCAAUCAAAAGAGCAAAGAAACAAGUGGGGCUCCUAUUACAAGGGCUGUAAAGCGUUUGACGAGGGGAACUAUGACCAAAGCCUUGCGUUUUUCCGUGAACAUGAAGCCAAAUUUAAUCAUGAUCUCCCAACCUUGAGAAUGAUAGCUAAAUGUGAGAAAAAACUGAACGAGCAAAGUAAAUUUUAA